UUCCAAGUUAGACAGCUUCUUGGAGAGUGUAAUUCUGGUGACCGUGAUGUCCGCGCAGCCAGAGUAACUCAACUUGGAAGGAUCUGGAGUCUACUUUUUGAGACGGUGUUCUACGUGCUAGCUGGCACCAUGAGUAUUCUCCCAGUCAUAGUACUGGCUACACUUUGCCUAUUCGCCAAGGUAUCAUCCGACAAAAGUGCAGGUUGCGUCUACAACGGAAAAGUCUACAAUGACGGCGAUACGAUCGUUGACAACUGCCAGAUAUGUGAGUGUGACAAUGGAGAGAUCAAAGACUGUUCAUUCAACGUGAACUGCCAAGAUAAAAAAGCCCCCCGUCCAGAACCAUUUACUGAAGUCAAUUACCAAGAUGAACCAGAUGUGAUUGGAAGCAGCGAGUCAAACGCCUCCAACCGCGAGAAGCGUUCCGUGGAUACCUAUAGAAAAGGCCCCCGUCUAGACCCAUUUGAUGAAGUCAAUUACCAAGUUGAACCAGAUGUGACUGGAAGCAGGGAGCCAAAGGCCUCCAACCGCGUGAAGCGUUCCUUGGGUAUGGCUCAAAACCUCAUGAAAGGACCUUUCAAGCAGGAGGUCAAAGUGAACGCAAAUCAAGAGACCCGUGUGGCGGGCGUGAAUGGGAAUGUUAAUUUGGGUGGAUCAAACCUCAAUUUGGGUCUUGGACUUGGUCAUGGACAACAGAUCUCAACUUCUAGCAGUGUGGAGAAGAAGACAAUCAUUGGUGGAGAAGUCAAUGGAGGUCUAGAAGGCAAGGGUCUGCUGGGAUUGAAUGGCAAUGUAAACCUUGGUGGUGCUAACCUCAAUUUGGGUGCUGGUCUGGGCCAUGGUCAAGUGGUCACCAGCAGUGAAGAGAAGAAGACAAUCAUUGGUGGAGAAGUGAAUGGAGGCCUAGGAGGCAAGGGUCUGCUGGGCUUGAAUGGCAAUGUAAACCUUGGUGGUGCUAACCUGAAUUUGGGUGCUGGUCUGGGUCAUGGUCAAGUGGUCACCAGCAGUGAAGAGAAGAAGACAAUCAUUGGUGGAGAAGUGAAUGGAGGCCUAGGGGGCAAGGGUCUGCUGGGCUUGAAUGGCAAUGUAAACCUUGGUGGUGCUAACCUGAAUAUAGGUGCUGGUCUGGGUCAUGGUCAAGUGGUCACCAGCAGUGAAGAGAAGACAAUCAUUGGUGGAGAAGUGAAUGGAGGCCUAGGAGGCAAGGGUCUGCUGGGCUUGAAUGGCAAUGUACAUCUUGGUGGUGCUAACCUGAAUUUGGGUGCUGGUCUGGGUCAUGGUCACGUGAUCACCAGCAGUGAAGAGAAGAAGACAAUCAUUGGUGGAGAAGUGAAUGGAGGCCUAGGAGGCAAGGGUCUACUGGGCUUGAAUGGCAAUGUAAACCUUGGUGGUGCAAACCUGAAUUUGGGUGCUGGUCUGGGUCAUGGUCAAGUGAUCACCAGCAGUGAAGAGAAGAAGACACUCAUUGGUGGAGAAGUGAAUGGAGGCCUAGGAGGCAAGGGUCUACUGGGCUUGAAUGGCAAUGUAAACCUUGGUGGUGCAAACCUGAAUUUGGGUGCUGGUCUGGGUCAUGGUCAAGUGGUCACCAGCAGUGAGGAGAAGAAGACAAUCAUUGGUGGAGAAGUGAAUGGAGGCCUAGGGGGCAAGGGUCUGCUGGGCUUGAAUGGCAAUGUAAACCUUGGUGGUGCUAACCUGAAUUUAGGUGCUGGUCUGGGUCAUGGUCAAGUGGUCGCCAGCAGUGAAGAGAAGAAGGCAAUCAUUGGUGGAGAAGUAAAUGGAGGCCUAGGAGGCAAGGGUCUGCUGGGCUUGAAUGGCAAUGUACAUCUUGGUGGUGCUAACCUGAAUUUGGGUGCUGGUCUGGGUCAUGGUCAAGUGAUCACCAGCAGUGAAGAGAAGAAGACAAUCAUUGGUGGAGAAGUGAAUGGAGGCCUAGGAGGCAAGGGUCUGCUGGGCUUGAAUGGCAAUGUAAACCUUGGUGGUGCAAACCUGAAUUUGGGUGCUGGUUUGGGUCAUGGUCAAGUGAUCACCAGCAGUGAAGAGAAGAAGACAAUCAUUGGUGGAGAAGUGAAUGGAGGCCUAGGAGGCAAAGGUCUGCUGGGCUUGAAUGGCAAUGUACACCUUGGUGGUGCAAACCUGAAUUUGGGUGCUGGUCUGGGUCAUGGUCAAGUGAUCACCAGCAGUGAAGAGAAGACAAUCAUUGGUGGAGAAGUGAAUGGAGGCCUAGGAGGCAAGGGUCUGCUGGGCUUGAAUGGCAAUGUAAACCUUGGUGGUGCUAACCUGAAUUUAGGUGCUGGUCUGGGUCAUGGCCAAGUGGUCACCAGCAGUGAAGAGAAGAAGACAAUCAUUGGUGGAGAAGUGAAUGGAGGCCUAGGGGGCAAGGGUCUGCUGGGCUUGAAUGGCAACGUACACCUUGGUGGUGCUAACCUGAAUUUGGGUGCUGGUCUGGGUCAUGGUCACGUGAUCACCAGCAGUGAAGAGAAGAAGACAAUCAUUGGUGGAGAAGUGAAUGGAGGCCUAGGAGGCAAGGGUCUGCUGGGCUUGAAUGGCAAUGUAAACCUUGGUGGUGCUAACCUGAAUUUGGGUGCUGGUCUGGGUCAUGGUCACGUGAUCACCAGCAGUGAAGAGAAGAAGACAAUCAUUGGUGGAGAAGUGAAUGGAGGCCUAGGAGGCAAGGGUCUACUGGGCUUGAAUGGCAAUGUACAUCUUGGUGGUGCUAACCUGAAUUUGGGUGCUGGUCUGGGUCAUGGUCAAGUGAUCACCAGCAGUGAGGAGAAGACAAUCAUUGGUGGAGAAGUGAAUGGAGGCCUGGGAGGCAAGGGUCUACUGGGCUUGAAUGGCAAUGUAAACCUUGGUGGUGCUAACCUGAAUUUGGGUGCUGGUCUGGGUCAUGGUCAAGUGAUCAAAGGCAGUGAAGAGAAGAAGACAAUCAUUGGUGGAGAAGUGAAUGGAGGCCUAGGAGGCAAAGGUGUACUUGGCUUUAAUGGUAAAGGGCAUCUUGGUGGUGGCCACCUGAAUUUGGGUGCUGGUCUGGGUCAUGGAAAGAAAGAUAUCGACACCAGCAGUGAAGAGGAUAAGACAAUCAAUGGUGGAGAAGUUAAUGGAGGACUAGAGGGCAAGGGUCUGCUUGGCUUAAAUGGCAAAGUCCAUCUUGGUGGUGGCCGCCUGAACAUAGGUGCUGGACUUGGUCAUGGAAGGAAAGACAUCGACGUCAGCAGUGAAGUGAAGAAGGCAGUCAUUGGUGGAGAGGUUAAUGGUGGUCUAGGAGGCAAUGGUUUGUUGGGCUUGAAUGGCAACGUACAUCUUGGUGGUGCUCACCUAAACCUUGGUGGUGGACUUGGUCACGGAAAGGAAGACGUUGACACCAGCAGUGAAGAGAAGAAGAGACUCAUUGGUGGAGAAGUGAAUGGAGGUCUAGGAGGCAAAGGUCUGCUUGGCUUGAAUGGUAAAGGGCAUCUUGGUGGUGGUCGCCUGAACUUAGGUGCUGGACUUGGUCAUGGAAAGAAAGACAUCGACGUCAGCAGUGAAGAGGAUAAGACAAUCAAUGGUGGAGAAGUUAAUGGAGGACUAGAGGGAAAGGGUCUGCUUGGCUUGAAUGGCAAAGUCCAUCUUGGUGGUGGCCGCCUGAACUUAGGUGCUGGACUUGGUCAUGGAAGGAAAGACAUCGACGUCAGCAGUGAAGUGAAGAAGGCAGUCAUUGGUGGAGAAGUUAAUGGUGGUCUAGGAGGCAAGGGUUUGUUGGGCUUGAAAGGCAACGUACAUCUUGGAGGUGCUCACCUAAACCUUGGUGGUGGACUUGGUCAUGGAAAGGAAGACGUUGACACCAGCAGUGAAGAGAAGAAGACACUCAUUGGUGGAGAUGUAAUUGGAGGUCUAAGAGGCAAGGGUCAACUUGGCUUGAAUGGUAAAGGGCAUCUUGGUGGUGGCCACCUGAAUUUGGGUGCUGGUCUGGGUCAUGGAAAGAAAGAUAUCGACACCAGCAGUGAAGAAGAGAAGACAAUUGAUGGUGGAGAAGUUAAUGGAGGACUAGAGGGCAAGGGUCUGCUUGGCUUAAAUGGCAAAGUCCAUCUUGGUGGCGGCCGCCUGAACUUAGGUGCUGGACUUGGUCAUGGAAAGAAAGACGUUGACACCAGCAGUGAAGAGAAGAAGGCAGUCAUUGGUGGAGAAGUUAAUGGUGGUCUAGGAGGCAAGGGUUUGUUGGGCUUGAAUGGCAAUGUACAUCUUGGUGGUGCUCACCUAAACCUUGGUGGUGGACUUGGUCAUGGAAAGGUAGAUGUUGACACCAGCAGUGAAGAGAAGAAGACACUCAUUGGUGGAGAAGUGAAUGGAGGUCUAGGAGGCAAAGGUCUGCAUGGCUUGAAUGGCAAAGUCCAUCUUGGAUUUGGUCACGGAAGGAAAGACAUCGACGGCAGCAGUGAAGAAAAGCAUUCACACAUUCAUGGAGAGGUGAACGGAGGUCUAGGAGGCAAGAGAGGUCGUUUUGGAGCGAAGGGCAUAGCUGGCAAUGCAUUUGGGCUCAGGAAGGACAAGAACAUUAAAAUCAAAGGCAAAUUCAACAAGAAAGCAUCAUCUGAAGAAGAAGAAUCAGAAGAGACAUCUGAAGAAGAAGAGACAGAUGAAGAAAAUACCAACACAAUUGUUGUUCCAACUCAAACACCAGUUAUCAUCAAUGAACCUACAGUUGUUACUGAAAAUGUUCCCCUGCUGUACGAUAAUGAACAAAUUGCGACAGAAAAGAAUGAAGAAGAAGACAAAGAAAAGACUGAAGAGCAAAACAAUGAGAACAACGAUGUAGUAAGUGUUCCAAGCGUUGGUCAAGAAGAACCUGAGAUUCAUGCCCCAGAAAAGGGAACAGAGGAAAACCAAGUGGUAAUCCCUGAAGAGACAGAUGGAGUCAUAAGUAAGUAUGGAUUUUCUUAAUUUC